AUGUCUUUUUCUUUCCUUUGUCUUUUUCUAUAUUUGUUUCACUCUUGCCUUCAUCGUGAAUCGAUCCUUUUCCUUUUUCUUUUAAAUUCACACCUUUUUUUUUUCAUUAUUCGCUUAUCUAUGUCUUUUUAUUUCCUCUGUCUUUUUCUGCAUUCGUUUCAUUCUUGCCUUCAUCGUCAUCAGCUCCUUUCAUUUUUUUUUCUUUUAAAGCACACCUUUUUAUUUCAUUAUUCGCUUCUUCUUCUUCUUUGCCUUUUACUUUCCUUGCUCUUUUUUAUACCUUCUUUUCACUCUUGCCAUCAUCGUCAACAGAUCCCAUUUCUGUUCAGAUCACAUCUUUCUCUUGGCACCUUGACAUUUUUCUGUUUUCUUUCUCUCUUCUUUAUAGUGAUCUUAUCCCAUGAUCUAUCUAUCUAUCUAUCUAUCUAUCUAUCUAUCUAUCUAUCUAUCUAUCUAUCUAUCUAUCUAUCUAUCUAUGUUAUCUAUCUACCUAUCUAUCUAUCUAGGUUUACAGAUAUCCAUCUUAUUUUUUAUCUAUCUAUCUAUCUAUCUAUCUAUCUAUCUAUCUAUCUAUCUAUCUAUCUAUCUAUCUAUCUAUUUCAUUCACUAGAUAUCCAUCAUAUUUCAUCUAUGUUCACAGAUAUCCAUCUAUCUAUCUAUCUAUCUAUCUAUCUAUCUAUCUAUCUAUCUAUCUAUGUUCACAGAUAUCCAUCAUAUUUCCUUCUAUCUAUCUAUCUAUCUAUCUAUCUAUCUAUCUAUCUAUCUAUCUAUCUAAGAGUGUUCACAGAUACACAUCAUAGUUUUUUGUAUCUAUCUGCGUUAGAGAUAUCAUCUUCGUUUCUUCUAUCUAUCUAUCUAUCUAUCUAUCUAUCUAUCUAUCUAUCUAUCUAUCUAUCUAUCUAUACCAGUCUAUCGUAUCUAUGCAUUUAUGUAUCCAUCUAUCUAUACCAGUUUGUUCAUAUCUAUCUCUAUUCCACACUGGGUCUCAUGAAUUUCAGGAUUGCCUAUCUAUCUAUCUAUCUAUCUAUCUAUCUAUCUAUCUAUCUAUCUAUCUAUCUUUCUUUCUAUCUAUCUUUCUUUCUUUCUAGCUAUCUAACUCACUCUGUUUAUAUCUAUCUCAUGUGCAUAUCUACCUCUCUCUCUCUAUCUCUUUCUCUCUCUUUUGUCACUGUCCCCCCUCUGGUUGCUUCACAUUUUUCUGCUCUUUAUCAGCUUCUCCCCCCUCCUCUGGUUGCUUCUGUCAGCUUCUCUCGCAGUUUCUCUCGCAGUCUCUCUUUCAAUAUCUUUCUUUCUCUUUUGAUCACGCCUGCUUUCUACUUCCUGGUCAAAGCCGAGAAAUUUUCCCUGUGA